UGGAAUCAGGAUGCGUUUAGGGAAACACCUCCUUUCACCAGUUCUAACAUGAAUUCUCGUUCACACCGAGCGCGUUUUUGUGUCCGCGUGCGCCCUUAUAACAUUUUCUAUGUAAACAUGCGCAAGACGGACGUCUUUGACCGUUUUUGAACGUCAACUUUUCAAAGCUCGUCUCGAGACAACUACGUUCUGUCAGUUUGCGUUGCUCUGCGUCUAACUUUUGUUCUGAACAGCCCCUGUUAGGCAUCACGAAUAAAGUUAAUUUAUUUUAAUUGGAGAAAUGGGGGACUUUUACUAUGGAUGUUGCACUUGUUUCUUGUCUGAAGAGGAACGGAACUCCAUCGCCAUAAACAACGAAAUUAAACGCAUCCUAUUGGAACAGAAGAAACGAGAACACAAAGAGCUCAAAGUGCUUUUAUUAGGCACAGGGGAAAGUGGAAAGACCACGUUUAUGAAACAGAUGAGGAUUAUUCAUGGAAAUGGAUUCUCGGAAGAAGAAAGACGUAACUUCACUAAAUUGGUUUUCCAGAAUAUCUUCACAGCUAUGAGGGCAAUGACAGAGGCUAUGACCACCCUAAAAAUUCCCUAUGGCAACCCACAAAACGAGAUAUAUGCCCAGUGGUUCCACGGUCAGGAGAUACAUCAGAUAACGCAGUUACAGAGUGGUUACCUAGAGGCCAUUCUUAGUCUUUGGGCAGACCAAGGCUUCAAGAUCUGCUACAGACGGCGCACAGAGUAUCAACUUCUGGACUCCACUAAGUACUUUAUUAGAAACUUGGACCGCAUUGCAGCCGAAGGCUACAUUCCUACAGCUCAAGAUGUGCUCCAUGUCCGAUUUCCCACUACCGGUAUCACAGACCAUUGCUUUGGGUUAGAAAAGAUCACUCUCAGGAUUGUAGAUGUUGGAGGACAGAGAGGACAAAGAAAAAAGUGGAUCCAUUGCUUUGAGAAUGUGACGUCGCUCAUAUUUCUAGCAUCCCUCAGCGAGUAUGACCAGCUUCUGGAGGAAAAUAACAAGGAUAACCGGAUGCAUGAGAGCUUGUCGCUGUUCUACACCACCAUCCACUCAAUGUGGUUUGCUAAUUCCUCUGUCAUCCUCUUCUUGAACAAAUUGGACUUACUGAAAGAAAAGAUUCAGAUCUCGGACCUAAAAGCAUACUAUCCUGAGUUCGAAGGCAAGCGUCGGGACACGCAAGCCGCCAUGCUGUUCAUCAGAAAGUUAUAUCUACAAGAGGCGGUUUGUCGUGAAACAAAGAAUUCCAAAAUAAUCUACCAUCACUUCACCUGUGCCACAGACACCAGCCACAUCCGGAAAGUCUUCAUCGAUGUGAAAGACACUGUCCUCAUGAAGUCAAUAGAUGAGUUCAUAUUCAACUGAGUAGCCCAAGAGGCCAUUCAGCUUCUGUCUGCUGUUCAUCUAGAGGCCAUUUCAUUCAAAACAGACUUUUCAGCUAAUGAGCCUUGGAUAUUUUUCACAUGCACACGGCCUGUCUGAGCUCACACACAAAAAAGGCAAGUGCUUGCUGAAUUCACCAUUUCCAAUCUUAUUGACUGGCUUUACACAAUUACAGAAAUCAAGUCAUGUUUACAGGGUAUCAGGUUCAUUCAAAGAGCUCUUUUGAGGAAGAAUUGAUCACUGGAUUUGACAAAGUGUGCCAGGUUAGUGGCAUCAAGUAUUUUAAAGAUAUUCAGAGUUUUGUUUGAGGCCUUUAGUAGUAAGUUAUGUAGAUAUUCACAAUGUGAGACUAUUUUGUCUACAUUUGUGGUAUCAUCUUUUUCAUGGCAACAUGGCAUUUAACCCCGCCCCUAAAUGCCAUGUAACAACUAUUGUGGUUAAUUGUGGUCAGUCACUUUACAUAUCUGUCAGGCAAACUCCUCCUGUCUAACAAUAAGUUGCAAGGACCACACUUCAUGCUGCAAACAUUUCCCAAUCAAGCAUGCAAAACACUACUCCAGACAAUAGGAGAAUCAGCCAUAUAUUGACUGGAGGUUAAAUAGUUUCUCUUGUUGAUCAGACAUGCCUUAGAAGAUGACUUUUGCACACACGUUUCUAUUAGUGUUAUAAUAUUUUGAAUUUGUUUUUAUCAUUAUUUAUAAUAGAGUGUGCUUGAACAAAAUGUAAUGUAAUGAAAUGUAAUCUGGUUAGAGUUUGUACUUUUAUUUUGCCUAACAAUCUGUAUUUACAUGCUAAAAUGUGAUUAUAUUGCAGAGAUUUUAUAAAGCCUUUUUCAGUAAAACAAUAAUUCAUAUCAUAAACUUAUUUACAUGUAGGUCUACAUUGGUUGUUAUAGCAGAAUGUGAAACCACACAGUUGUGUUACAGAAGAAUUUGAGGGUAAGUAGGUUGCUAGCUGUCCCGUAUUAGCCGGGCGUAUUUUGGCCGAAAUGAAGACGUAUUUUAGCGGUGAGACUCUCAAGAGAGGGACUCAAAAAUAAACUUAUUUGGAAAAAGAAAAUGCCAACAUCAGACACCCGCGUUUUACAUGAGAUUUGAAAUAAAUUCUCCACUUUUGAUAUCAAAAUGUAAACAUGCAUGUGCACGUUGAGCGUUUACAUGCACGCUCUUACAAAAUAUACGCUUAAUAAGCCGACAACGUGUGUGGACAUGUAAACACAUUAAACUGCUUUCCAUUCACAGUGUAAAUUCAUAAACCUCUUAAGAACAAUCUGAUGACCACAGGUAGAUUUUUGCCCAUUACCCUGAUUUUGCGUUUCAUGUUAACACCUUCAGGGGCGUAUCACCAAAUGUUUUGCUCUGGGUACAGAACUAUUUUAGGGCCCCCUAAAUAAUUUGGGUUUGUGGUGGGGGUUACAUAUAAAUGGUUUUAGAAGGAUAUUUAACUGUGCAAUAUUAUUUAUAAGUAAUUCACCAUUUACCAUUUACCACCAUUUAUUUUCAAACACAAACAUUAUUUGAAUCAAGCAAUAAAUCAGUAAAAAAAUACUGCAUACAAACAAAAUCAAUUAAUAAAAGUUCUUGUGUUGACAAAGUCACCAUAAGAUCUCUGAAAUGAGAAGGGUGCCAGGUUGCUCAGUCUAUCCUGAGGCUUUUCUGCUUUCAGGUAACUGAUAUUUACAUAGCAUCCAAAAUAUACUUAAAAUAUUAUUAAAUAAAUGUAUUUAUCAUCAAAUUAUUUAUAAAAACAAAAUACUACAAGCCAUGCAAAUUUAUAUAAAAUUAUUUUUUAUUUAAAUGUAUUUUUUGUCACUGUGACAGUGGAGCUAUUUAGUUAAUUUCCCCUUGCAAAUCAAUGCCAAACAACACAGGUUAUUAAUUCUGUCAGGAAUUAAUACAAUUUCUGUCAUAGAAAAUAUAUUAACUUCUGUUGUGGUUUUUGCUUGGGGAAUUGCUGUUGGAUGUUGUGUUCGCAUAAUUAAGUAGGUCUGUGCAGGUUUUGGGGACUGUUUGGGGAUGUUAUUAAAAUUAACAUUUAAAAGCAAAUUGGGGCUAUAGUUAUGUUUCAAGUUCCAUUUAAUAUUAAUAAUGUUUUUUUUUAUGUUAUGACAAGGGUUUCUUUUUAGUUACCGUGAAUGAGAUUUGUGUUCCCAUGAGCUAGAUGUGAUCCUGUCACAAGUUAACAUUGUUGUUUGCUGGUGAAAGUAGGGAAUGUGUGUCACUGGAAUAUAAAUUGCUUGCAGAACUACUUUAAUAUUCCAGUUUUCUUUGCCAGAAGGCUUAAAAUCCCUGACUAUAGGUGAGAUGUAUAUAAUGCUGUGCUCCCUGUCAAUGUUAGUGGGAGCAAGUGAGUGGUUGAUGCAAAUUUAAAUAUGUAGGCAGUGUGCAAAAGACAUAAUGGUUUGUGCAGCACACGGUCACAAAGAAUAAAUAUUCCACCUUUGCUUUUCAAUGCCCCCCCCCCCUCCAAUGAGGGUCCCUGUUACUCAGGUCCAACAUUACCUGACACCCCUGAACAACUUUACCAGUGUUGUGCCGAAAUCGGACUCCCUGGCAGAUCCUUAAUCCCCAUUACCUGAUUGGUCCUUUUCCCUAAAGUCCACCCCUAACCAUAGUAGGGACUUAUUGGUCCCUAUCGCUUAAGCAUACCCCUACACCUACCCUUAACCAUACUAGGGAGUAAUAAAUCGAUACGACACUUACUUAUCCAAUGUGCCUGUAUUUGUUUUGAUUUAAAAAGCAGAGAAUAACAUGAUUAUUUCAAACCUUAUGUAAACACAUUGUGUUGACCAAUUUUUUUGUUAGGUAUACACAUAUCGGUGUCCGCACUUAUUGAUAAACCAGUAAGAAUGCUGGUAAAGGUGUUUACAUGCAGCUUGAAAUCAGAGUAAUGUUCCAAAAUCUAUGUGUGCCGAUAGGUUUGCUUAAAUAGUUUAUGAACUGAACCAAUAAAGGAAGGCUGUUCAAACCAUUUACAUGACCACACACAUUGUCGGCUUAUUAAGUAUAAUCAGUGUAAGAACAUGCAUGUAAGCUCACGGUGCUUUGAAGGCAGCAUUAUAAUGAUAUUACUCUAACAAUAUCUGUUUAGUUAAAGUCUGUUUACCUUUUCUUAAUCCAUGCAAUUCAUUUAGCCUGAACCGGUGUACACUAAAGCUUUGUUUGGCAGAUAAUUUCAGCCCUAAGUGUGCUAUCAAUGUAGUUUUUUUUAAAUGUUAUACUUUUUAAGUCUUUUCAAAUUAAAGUUUGAAAAUCCCUUAUUGAUUUCCAAAGAAUGUUCAUAAUAAGGACAAGAAUACAGAGAUUUGGGUAUGCUCUUCUCAGAUGGGCCAGUAA